AUGGAGUCGCUGUCGGAGACAUCAUGGGAUAUAGUAAUUUCCGGGACUGGCCUUGCCCAGUCUCUCCUUGCACUAGCGCUCUCGCGGUCAGGUAAGAAAGUUCUCCAUGUCGACAAAAAUCCAUACUACGGGGGCCCGGAAGCCGGAUUUAGCCUCCAGGAGGCAGAAGAGUGGGUAGAUCGGUUGAAGAAAGCCAGACUUUCAAUAUUUUUGGUACUAACGGGUGUUGUCGGAGUAGAACCUGGCCUGGAGCCGUUUGAAGAAGCUUCGAUCUACUCGCGCCCUGCUUCGUCAGAUGCGGAGAAGAAGCUGUCUUUCUCUCGCGCCUACACGCUUUCCUUGUCUCCAUUUCUGAUCUAUUCGCGGUCGAAGCUGCUUCCUACCCUUGUGUCAUCCAAGGUCUACCGGCAGCUGGAGUUCCAAGCUGUAGGGAGCUGGUGGAUAUAUACAUCCCCUGCCGCAGAAGACGCUGCAUCUCAGUCAAGCGAGGAUGCAUCCGCUCGUCUGCAUCGGGUCCCCAGUAGCCGUGAAGACAUCUUCGCAGAUGAUUCCAUCUCAGUCAAGGCGAAAAGGAUGCUCAUCAAGUUCCUUCGAAACAUCAGUCAGACCCUGCAGGAGGGUGGUGAUGAUGUUUCUAGCGAGGAGGAUCUCGACUUACCAUUUUCAGAGUACUUGACAUCCAAAUUCCAGGUCCCUUCUGAGCUUCAUGAUCCUUUGCUCUCUCUUUCAUUAAGUCAAUCUUCUCCGCAACAGACGUCUGCGAGAUUUGCCGUGCCUCGUAUCAAGAGGCAUCUUGGCUCUGUAGGCGCCUUUGGCCCUGGCUUUGGCAGUGUGCUCACCAAAUGGGGUGGCGGCUCCGAAAUUGGGCAGGUGGGCUGUCGCGCGCUAGCAGUUGGCGGCGGAGUGUACGUCCUGGAUCGAGGCAUUCAGUCGGUUGAAUUGCCGAAUGACAGCUCACAGGAAGAGACGCUCCUCCUGAAGCUGUCAGAUGGGGAAUCCAUUCGAAGCAAGUUUGUGGUGGGCUCGCAAUGGGACCUACCUGCGGAGGCAGAGGGUCCUAGGCCUGCGAACGCAAAAGUGGCACGUUGCAUCGCUAUAGUCUCUUCACCACUUAGACGCCUUUUCCCUGCAACAGCAGAGGGUGGUCACAUACCAGCAGGCACCGUGGUUGUUUUUCCAGGGAAAGAGCUGUCGGACGGACAGG